GGUUCUGCUGACCUUGGGCAAAUCAUUAAAAUACCAAUCCUGGAAGAUGCAUCUGAGGGCGUUUUGCAGAUGCUGAGGCCCGUGCUUUUUGUAUUCCAGUUUCUCCAUUCUAAGUGGACCGGCAGCAAUCAAACUAUCACAGGCUUUGGAAACAUCUCCCCACGCACACAAGGUGGAAAGAUAUUCUGUAUCAUCUAUGCCUUAUUGGGAAUUCCACUGUUUGGUUUUCUGUUGGCUGGUGUUGGAGAUCAACUAGGGACAAUCUUUGGAAAAGGAAUUGCCAAAGUAGAAGAUACCUUUGUUAAAUGGAAUGUGAGUCAGACAAAGAUUCGCAUAAUUUCAACAAUAAUAUUCAUACUGUUUGGCUGCGUGCUGUUUGUUGCUCUUCCUGCAGUUAUAUUCAAGCACAUAGAAGGCUGGAGCACACUAGAUGCAAUUUACUUUGUGGUUAUCACUUUAACUACCAUUGGAUUUGGUGACUAUGUUGCAGGGGGAUCAGAUAUUGAGUACCUAGAUUUUUAUAAGCCAGUGGUGUGGUUCUGGAUCCUUGUUGGGCUCGCUUACUUUGCAGCUGUCCUCAGCAUGAUUGGAGACUGGCUAAGAGUCAUAUCAAAAAAGACAAAGGAAGAGGUAGGGGAAUUCAGAGCCCAUGCUGCGGAGUGGACAGCCAACGUCACCGCAGAGUUCAAAGAAACUCGAAGGCGCCUGAGCGUGGAGAUCUAUGACAAGUUCCAGCGGGCUACCUCUAUCAAAAGGAAGCUCUCCGCAGAACUCGCCAUCAACCACAAUCAAGACCUGACUCCCUGCAAGAGAACCCUGUCAGUCAACCAUCUCACCAGUGAGAAGGACAUCUUGCCAGCUCUAACAAAGACGGACAGCAUUUACAUGAAUGGCUUGACACCGCACUGUGCAGCAGAAGAGAUAGCUGUUAUUGAAAACAUUAAGUAG